AUGGCGAGCGCUUUCGUCGGAUUGUCGGUCGCGGUCACGCUGCAAUCUCCCCCAGGUGCUGUCGUCGUGGGCGUGGUCAGCGCCGUGGACCAGCAGACAGCUACACUCGUUCUCCAAGAUGUCUUCUUCCCCAACUCCGGUCACCGUGUCGCUUCCUACACGGUAGAGGGACAAAUGAUUGCAGACAUCAAGGUCAAUCCGUCGGCGCCCGCUCCUCCCCAACCUCUCCCCACGCGAUCAGGCCCGCAGGCAUACUCACACUCGCAGUACCCUCCGAACCAUGCCCCUCGCCAGUCGCAGCAUAUGGGCCAACAAGUUCCGCAUCUUGUUAGCCAGCCGUCCGGGAUCCCGCCUGCAGGCGCACCUGCCUACCAGAAUGCUCGUCAUGCGCCACGCCAGACCGCUCCUCAGCCAGCUCAAGCUGCGCCAUUUGUCGACCCCGCGAUUCUCAGCAUGGGAAAGCGCACUUCUACCGCCCCUAUCUUGGGUGGUCCCGUUUCCGCAACCCCUCAGGAAGCUCCUGCGACGCCUAUAAAGCCCGUGGCUGCUGCGAGCGCGGCGGCUGUACCGAAGAACACGUCCUCGUUUGCAGGCCAUGCGAAGCAACACAACGCCCGAAAGCCGAGUGCUGCGACUUUGGAAGGUCCGUUCUCGUCACUGGAUAUUGCGGAUGCUGAGGAGGCGGACAGUGAGGCGCGGACAGCACAGGUGAAUGCGCGAAGGGCAAGCAUCACCAAGACGAGGACUGGCAAGCCUAUGGAUGACCCCAGCCCGCAGAAGAACGACGACAAUGGCAAGAAGACUCGAAGAGGGGGCAAGUCUCGUAAGAAGGAACUUGCCGCUCAAGAGAGGAAGAACGGUGACGUUGAGGCGGUCAAGAAAGGCAAAGGCAAUGGUUGGAGAAACACUCCCAUGCUACAAGCCGCCGAACAGCCGCAGACGCGGACUCCCGGAGUCAUCGGCGGUAGAGUCGGUCUCGCAGCGGCGAACGCGUCGAAUCGCAAAACGAAACGGCAACAGGCGCUCGAAGCUACGAACGGCUGGGCUACAGAAGACGCGACCGACAUCCAGGACAUGCCUGAGUUCGACUUCCAGAGUAACCUCUCCAAGUUUGACAAGCGUACCGUGUUCAAUCAGAUAAGGAAUGAGGACACCACUGCAGACGAGGACCGCCUGGUCAGCUUCAAUCGCUUGGCAAGACCUGGUACACACGGCGGAAAGAACCUCCAUCCUACGGAAAACGUGUUGGAUCGGAAGCUGAAAAGCACGACCAACACAAGCUCUGAGGAGGAAGAGGAAGACUUUGGCAGCGGACGUAACUCUAGACGAGCAAUGUCCAGGGCUUCAGUCAAGAUGGCACCAACACGGCAAGGCAGCGUACAAGCCGACAUGGAUAUGAUGGGUUCGGGCGUGUUGCCGCGCACUAACCGUUCGUUCAUCAACCGCCCCUACACGUCCUCACAUGCUACCGGUAGCCCCAGGCCAGGGCGGGUUGCUUCACCACCAGAGUCACCUCUCGAGUCUAGCGCUAAGGGCUGCUUACGACUGGUGUCUAACAACCGCAAGUGCUUCGCCAUUACUCCUGGCGCCAUGCUGGCCGUAGAGGAAACUGCGGAAGUAGACUUCGGCCUCAACGAGGACAUCAUGGCAGAGAACUCAGGACGAGGUAUCGCAGAAGUUGCUCUGACCGCUAUAAAUCCCGGAGGCAUGCGUCUUUCGCGCGCCAAUCCAAACGCCAACCCCGUUAUUGUAGUCCUCGCAGGCAACCACCGCGGAGGCGCACGCGCAGUAGCAGCAGCACGGCACCUCGCCCAACGCGGGCCAAAAGUUAUGGUCGCCCUCCUCGGCUUCGAACGCAACGCAGACUGGGACAAGGACAUACGCCGCCAAGUCGAGCUCUUCCGCAAAUUCGGCGGCACCGUCCGCUCCUGGAAUGCUACAGAAGAAGCCCUAAAGCGUCUUCAAGCACCACCGGAACUUAUUAUUGAUGCUCUGCUCGGCCGCCACAAAGAAUUUGAAGCCCUUGGCGACCAAGACCAACGCGUAGUUCUGAACAUCGUAGGCUGGGCCAACAAAUCGCGCGCCGCCUGCCUUGCUGUCGAAACACCAUCCGGCGUCGGCGGUUCGACAGGCGAAGUCUCCAUCCUAGAGGGCGAGCCCCUCGAAGUCCGCGCGAAGUACAUUGUCUGUCUCGGUGCGCCACGGACUGGUCUUGUUAAAGCGCUGCAAAAUGGCUCCGGACGCGAUCCGCAGUGGCUUAUCUGGAUCGUGGAUAUCGGUGUUAAUCGCCCUUGGCGUAACGCUGGUAUCAGUGGUGGGAAGGGGAUCAAGUUUGGUGAGCAAUGGGUUGUGCAGGCUGUUUUCGAGGAGCCUGGUGGUAUACCGGGGGCUUAG